AUGUGCAAACAUGCUGUAGAACUUUAGGUGACACACAGUGGACUUUGGAAAAAAGGCUAUGCUAUAGAAAGCUUAUCUAUGAGUCUUUAUAUAAAACUAAAAUACAACCAUAUAUGUAAGUUACACUUCAUGAACAGGAUUAUUGAAGUAAUUAAAAUUUCGACCCGCUGGGUUCGCCAUCAUUAGUCGAGUAGUUAGCGCAGGGCCUUUGCGUUGUGGUCGGUGGGCACAAUUGCAUGAAGAGACGAGGUGAGGAGAAACGAAGGAAUCAACUGUGUCUGACUUGAGGUGGUAUGAGACCAGAUACCUUCGACAAGCAGAAGCCACUGUAGAACCGGCAGAGAAAGUAGGGCCAGGAAACAACAUUCUUUGGACCACAUGUCGGAGUGAUUACUGGUGAAAACUUGAAAACAGUUGGGUUUCUGUUAAAAAAAUAUAUAUCCAUUUAAGAAUUCAUUUCUCUGACUCCAUGUGCAUUGGAUCUGAAUAUCUCCUGUUUUAUCAAUGGUUGGCUACAACCCUAAUCAAGACCAUCACCUGACAUAUUACGAUUAUGCUUUUGCUGGUGCCCUUUCAGGAGCUGUCUCAAGACUCCUUCUGCAACCCUUGGAUGUUGUCAAAAUCCGAUUACAGCUUCAAAUUGAACCUGUAUCGAAGUUCUCCAUUGGCUCUAAAUACCAUGGUUUCCUGCAUACCAUUGUCACAAUGUCAAAAGAGGAAGGUGUGAAGGCAUUAUGGAAGGGCCACAUUCCUGCUCAGUUUCUGACUGUCUUUUAUGGGAUGGUGCAAUUUUCUUCAUAUGAAUUUUUUUCUAAAUUAACCUAUCAUUGUGUCCCGAAUGAGUUCUUUUCUAAGAACAAGCCAUUGAUCAGUUUGGUUUGUGGUUCAAUGUCAGGGGCUGUGUCCACUGUAGUUGUCCAACCCAUCGAUCUAUUGAGGACAAGGUUUGUGGCACAAGGUGAACCAAAGGUAUAUAAAUCAAUCUUCUCAGCAGGGGUCAGAAUUGUUCAACAAGAAGGUAUCUUAGGCUUUUGGUGUGGCAUUGGUCCUUCACUUGUCCUUGUCGCCCCUCAAACAGGUCUCACCUUUGGAUUCCAUACAGUUUUUACAUCAAUUUUAGGGAAUGAUAGGAAAACUCAUUCUACAUUUAGUAUUGAAAAUCAAAUUAAAACUUUCAUAAGUGGACUUAGCAGUGGGAUGUCUGCCAAACUAAUCGUCUAUCCUUUUGAUGUUGUUAAGAAACGUCUGCAAGUACAGGGCUUUAAGGAGGCUCGGUGUCAAUUUGGUAAAGUACGCUCCUACAGUGGCAUGGUCAGCUGUCUCCAGUGGGUUUUCUUUGAAGAAGGAAUACGGGGUUUGUACAAAGGAUUAUUCCCAACUAUGUUGAAAGCAGGGUCUGUGAGUGGUGUUACAUUUAUGAUGUAUGAAAUGACUUGUGGUCUCCUCUCGAAAUGGAGGUGACGAUAGUAAAGGUUAGAUAUUCAAUAUAUAUUAUUUUAGAUAAAUAUGUUUGUGUGCAGGUGUGGCUGUGUGGUAAGAAGUUUGCUUCCCAGCUACUUGGUUUCAGGUUCAGUUCUACUGCAUGGUACUUUGGGCAAGUGUCGUCUACUAUAGGGCUUUCCUAUAAGUAGGUUAUCUCCCUUGGCUAGGCGGUGCUCCAUGUAGAUAAUUAAACUUCCGGAGGCUACCCACGUCAUUGUUAUUGUUUUACGU